AUGGCGGCGCAAUUUGUUGCCCCCGGCGGAUUCGGUAGCAGAGGUGGCGGACGCGGCGGUUUCAGGGUCGGCAGGGACGGCGGAGGCCGUGGCGGACGCAACGGUGGUGGCCGCUUCGGCGGCGACCGGUUCAAUGAAGGUCCACCGGAGCAAUUCGUAGAGGUUUUAUCUUUUGUUCAUGCUUGUGAGGAAGAUGCGGUUACGCAGCUCACUAAUGAGAAGAUACCGUACUUUAACGCUCCGAUUUAUCUUCCGAAUAAGACUCAGAUUUGUAAAGUUGACGAGAUAUUUGGUCCAAUUAAUGAAUAUUUGGUCCAAUUAAUGAAUAUUUGGGGAGCAGCAGGUGGAAGAGAUGGCGUACAUGGGGGUGGUAGAGGUGGUGGCCGUGGUGGAGGUUCUUUCCGUGGUAGAGGUGCUCCAAGAGGUGGCAGAGGUGGUGGUUUUCGUGGUGGUGGUGGACGUGGCGGUGGUUUUGGUAGGGGCCGAGGGAGAUCAUAG